AUGAUACUACUUGCGAACAAAUAAAGUUUGCGAAGUGUUCGUCACAAAAUAUAUGUGUUUGCAUUUCAAACACAAUUGCUUCAAGCCCAAUUUUAUGUUCACCACUUUUAGAAGAGCCAUGUGAUAGCAAGAAUAAAUGCGGAGUUACGAAUUCCGUGUGUAUUAAUCAUAAAUGUCAAUGUAAAUCACAAUAUAUACCAUAUUCUAAUACUGUUUGUGAAUUACCACAUUUGGGGAUGCCUUGUACAAAUAAUGCGCAUUGUGAAAAUUCGAUGAACUAUACAAUAUGUAAUAGUAACAGAAAAUGUGCAUGUAAUUAUGGCUAUUUUCCAAAGAGCGAUAACACGUGUGGACGCGCAUUUAACGCUUACUGUUCCUCUGAUGAACCUUGUGCAACAAUUAAUGCUGUUUGCCUUGAUGAGAAAUGCCAAUGUAAAACCAAUUAUGUGUUCCAAAAUUCUAAAUGCGUUCCAAAAUACUUGAAUGAACCGUGUGAAACGUCUGCCGAUUGUGAGGAAAUAAAAUUUGCAGUAUGUUCAGAAGAAAAAACGUGUCGUUGUAAAGAUCGAUACUUUGCUUUCAAUGAAACAAAUUGUAAAUUAAGUAUUGGUGGGCAAUGCUUCACUGAGAAAGAUUGUGGUAUCAAACAUUCCAAUUGUUGGUUCGGUCAAUGCUUGUGUCAACUUGGUUACAUUGCUAUUUCAGAUGAACAAUGUAUACCUAUCGAACUCAACAGAUUUUGUGUCAAUGAUAAUGAAUGUAAACUAAUUACUUAUGCAGAAUGUUCAAAAGAUAAUCGAUGUGUCUGUAAAAAAAAUUAUGUUAAAACAGAUGUCUCAGAGUGUUCACCAUUGCUUAAUGAACGUUGCACAAAUAACAAACAAUGUGUUACAGAUAAUUCUAUUUGUAUUUAUAAUAAAUGUCAAUGUAAAUUUAGUUACUCGCAGAGAUCUAUUAAUGAAUGCGUAUUAAGUUAUUUAGAAAAAAAGUGUGCUCAAGAUGAAGAUUGUAGUGAGAUACCUUUCGCAAAGUGUUCAAAUGCGAGUAAAUGUAUUUGUCAUUUAAAUUAUGUACAAUUGAAUGCAACGACAUGCGCACCAUUAUUAGGAGGAUUUUGUACUAAUGACGUAGAAUGUAAAACUAAUAAUUCAACAUGUGUUGAUAAUGAAUGUGUUUGUGCCAAUGGUUAUUCGUCACGUUCAGCAGAUGAAUGUGUACCAAUUUUUUUAGGGCAAUAUUGCAGAUAUAAUAAAGAUUGUGAUAAAAUAUCAAAUGCAGAGUGUUCAGAUGACAAUGAAUGCGUUUGUAAAUUUGGUUAUUCAAAAUUCGAUAGUGUUGUAUGUUUACCGCUUAUUGGAGGUCAAUGUAAUGAGCACAAAGAAUGUCUUGUCUAUAAUUCCAAUUGUGAAAAUAACAUAUGCCAAUGUUUAGAAAAUUACGCACCCCAAUCUAAUCAAAAGUGUCUAUCAACUCAAUUGAAUCAAAUCUGUUAUAGUGAUAAUGACUGUUACGAUAUAGCAAAUACGCAUUGCUCGAGAUACAAUUUAUGUGUUUGUAAUUCAAAUUAUCUUGCAAUAAAUGGAAAUGUGUGUGCACCACAGUUAAAUAUUCCCUGUACAGAAAUAACUACCUGUGCGACAAACAAUUCAACUUGUAUUGAUAAUAAAUGUCAAUGUAAACCUAAAUACGUCAGUAAUGAUUAUAACAAUUGUGUGCCAACACAUUUGGGAGAAUUUUGUUAUGGAAAUGAAGAUUGCAUUAAAAUUAGGAAUUCUAAAUGUAUUGAUGGAAAGUGUAUUUGUAAGAAAAAUCAUAUUGCAUUAAACAAUAAAAAGUGUGGGACAUUUUUAAACAAUUAUUGUACAAUCGACGCCGAUUGUAUAAUUGCGAAUUCGAUUUGUGUUUCGAAUAAUUGUCAAUGUAAAUUUGGCUAUUCAGCGAUAUUCAAUCAUACAUGUAAACCGAUUCCAUUAGGAAAAUCUUGUAAAGAGGAUGAGGAUUGUGGAUACAUAAAAAAUUCAAUAUGCUCAGUCAAUAACAUUUGCAUUUGUGAUGUGAAAUAUUAUGCUUUGAAUAAAUAUACUUGUAUAGCUUCUUUGAAUGCUCCUUGUUUAACGGAUGCAGAAUGUCGUAUGGAUUUCGCGUAUUGUUCUGACAACGUAUGCAAAUGUAAACCUAAUGCUACAGCUAUUUCUACUAAUCAAUGUAUGCUAACCCGUUUGCUAUAUUCUUGUAACAGUAGUUCAGAGUGUGCAGAGCCCUGGCAUGAACAAUGUUCAGAAGAUGCAAAGUGUGUUUGUAAAGAAAACAAUGUUGCAUUAAGCUUAUCAUCAUGUUUGCCUAUUUUGGGUGGACUUUGUUGGAAAGAUGAGCAGUGUUCUGCUGAAAAUUCUGUUUGUGAUGAUUUUCGUUGCGUAUGUCAACAUAACUAUAAAUCUGUCUCCAAUAAUAUGUGCUUAGAGGUCAAUUAAGAAAACAGAUAUAAUAGGCACCAUCUAUUUUGUUGUCCCAAUGGACUCAUGAUUUUAUAAUUAUUUUAUCGUGAAUAUUAAUGUCUCGAAAUGUAAUUAUUGUUGUUCUUUUAAUAUAUAAUAAAUAAUUAUCAAACAUCGAUCAUGUCUUCUUUUAUUGCAUCGCUCCAAAAAUAAGUACGUAUUUUAUGGUUUUCUGCAUGUUACUUCGACGAAC